AUGGAGCGUGACCAAAACACAACAGAGGAUCUCUUUGACCUCGAAAACCGCCUAACAGCCUCCCUCCUCCGCACCUUCCAAUCCCUCCUGCACCACGGCGCUUCGAGAGUUGACAACACCGCCUCAGUGGGGCAAGCAGCUUACAACGCCAUGGCGACCGACAUCCUGAUGAACGCGCAGGUCAAAUCGGUUGAAGAGUUACUCUCGCUCACGCGCAAGAUGAGGGAGUUGUGGGUU